AUGCGUUUCGGAGCUCUUCAGACAAAUGGCAAGACUGAGAGUGUCCCUAACGCCAAAAAGCCGAAGGUGAGACCACCACGAGACUGGCGGGAUGGCUGGCUUCUCCCUGUGCGGUCCCUGCCGACAUAUACUGGCCCAUAUUCAGUCGGCACCAUGGAGAUCGAGGUUCCGGUAGAGAAUCCACGAGUCUUCUCACAUAUCAAGCGGGAAGGCAAACAUCUUCUUCAAAUCGAGACAGUACUCAUGACCGUCUACUACCCUGCUUCCCACGACGAGAAGAACUCUGCUGCUGCACGGAAGGAGAAGCUGUCACGAGAGCUGUGGUUGGGCAGACCUCGGGUCAGCAUCGCCCAAGGGUACGGUAAAUUUGCUGGUAUCGGCAACUAUAUGCUGCCACUUUUCGCUCCAACUUUCUGGACUAAAUUACCGGCCUACCGCAAUGCGCCAUUGGCCAAACACUGGGCUCCGGAGGUCAAUGUGAAAACGGAAGGUGUCAACGUCAAACUAGAGGAAGGCAGAAAACCUGAGGGGGCGGACGACAUGCCUACAUUCCCACUCAUUAUGUUCAGUCAUGGAUUGGGAGGUACGCGCACCAUGUACUCGUCUGUUUGCGGCGAAUUUGCCUCCUAUGGCUUCGUUGUUUGCGCCGUCGAGCAUCGUGAUGGUUCUGGACCACGAAGUUACAUCAACCAUACCAAAGGACCGCCACCAGACCAGGUGGGAACUGUGUCUGAGCGGCGACGGACUGGGCAGGUCGAUAUCACCAAGAAGGAAGAGGAACGAGAAUACGAGAUAAUGGACUAUGUGUUCCCUAAAGAUAACCCAUAUGAUACGUCUCCAGCUAAUGACAAAGGCGUGGAUGUCGAGUUGCGAAGUGCACAGAUCGAGCUGCGCAUGGCAGAGCUAGACGAGGCAUACCGAGUGAUGUGUCAGAUCGCGCGCGGCGAAGGUGAGAAAGUGGCUGAAUUCAACCUGAGGAAGAAAGGCUACAAAGCCAGUUCCUCGCACGGUCUGGAAGGUGUGGACUGGUCUCGUUGGAAGAAUCGCUUUCAUCUCACCGACGUAACGGCCUGCGGACAUAGCUUUGGUGCUGCAACGGUGACUGAGAUCCUUCGCCAUGAUGACAGAUUCUCCUACGUUGGCCAGGGCAUUAUUUACGACAUCUGGGGCGCGGGAACGAAACCACCGGAGAAGGAAGCGCCGCAUCACAGAAUCCAUACUCCGCUACUUGCCAUCAAUAGCGAAGCAUUUACUUACUGGCCUAGCAAUUUCGAGCUGGUGAGCAGCUUAAUCGAUGAAGCGCAGGAAGCUCCUGAUGAGAGUCCGAGUUGGUUGUUGACGCUUCGUGGGACUAUCCAUGUUUCGCAGUCGGACUUCUCGCUUCUAUAUCCUAAUGUCUGCUCACUUUUCCUAAAAAUGGUCGCCAAUCCGCAACGAGCUCUCGACCUGAAUAUCAACGCAUCGCUGGAAUUCCUGUCGCACGUCCUGCCUGCCGAAUUGGCCCAGGUGAAUCGUGCGUACAAGAAUGAAGGCAUACUGGAGCAAGAACCUAGCCCACUUUCCCGGAUACCAUCCGCACAGCUACUCAAACCAAAUGAGAAGUACACAGCUAUGCGACUGAAGAUCAAGCACGAGUCCCUCUACCGCUUAUCUCCAUCCUUGUACAAGAAACUCUGGCUCAAGCGCCACGCGCACGAUGAUAGUGGUAGAUCGAAGACCGACGAUGAGGUCUGGGUCCACACGAAACCGACGCCGGAGAGCAUUGCGAAGCAUCUCAAGAAUUAUGAGGGCAGAUCGAACCUCAAGAAAGCCCAAACGGAGGGUGCAUUGCCCAUGGCGAGUUCUUCUGCUGAGCAGAGGUGUGCUAGUCCAGUCCAUAUUUCGGAGAAGCACGAGCAGGAGAAUUCGGCAUGUAAUCCGCAGUCUGAAGAUCAGGAGGAGAAGGAAUCUUCGGAAGGCGAUUGA